AUGUUAAGAUACUUGGUCUUCCUCGCCCUGUUGGCUUUCGCCGCAGCCAAGCCCUUGGUGUACACAGCUCCCAUAGCUGCUGCCUACACUGCACCAGUUGCCGCUGCCUACACCGCUCCAGUAGCCUAUUCCGCCUACUCAGCGUAUUCCCCAGUAGCCUACUCCGCCUACUCCGCCUACCCCUACGCUGCACCAUACUCUUACUACUACUGA